AUGAUGGCUCAUCAGGUACCCCAUCAGGUUCCUGUGCACGUCGAAGACCGCAGGUUACCUAACGGAGCCAAAGUGGACUUCGGCCACGGCGCUCAGACGCGAAAGACAAAACCAAAGCCGGCGGUUCCGCCUGACAAGGCUAAAGGUGCCAAGCCAAAGGGAAAUAGAAACCGGGCCAAAAGUCCUCUGCUCCCCAAUGGCGACAAGCCUGACUACAGCUCAUUUAAUGCCAAACCCACAGCUAAUGGUGAUAAGCCAAUCGCUAAUGGCAAUGGCAACAAACUGAAGAAGAAGCAGCAGCAGCAGCAGCAGCAGCAAAAUACCCAAUCGACGCCGAUGGCUUUAGGUGAUUCGUACGCAGGGUCGUCGUUUCACCUGAGUCCUGAAGCGGUGGCGUUGCCCAAGCCAACGUUCAAGACUAAGCUGCCUCCUCCAUCCAACCUCCUGACGGCAUACCCUGCGGGACUGGCUCCGGCGACGGCGUCGCCGAUGUAUCCUCAACGGACUCCCUAUAUGAUGAACCAGCCUGUUCCCGGUCAUCCUCAGCCUCAGCAUGUACUUGGCCAGCCUCAACCCAUGCUCGGCCAACCCCAACACAUUCCUCAAGGGCAACUUAUGCCUCAUCCGCCUCACCCGAUUCCGGCUAACGUUCAUCCCGGUUUCACUUAUCAAGUCAACCCUCAAGGGUUCAUUGUUUAUCCUCCCCAGCCUGGUGCUGGUCCUGUCCCCGGUUAUGGCGGGCCCAUCACCACUCACUUUCAGCAGCCCAUUCCUCAGGUGCAACCAACGCAACAACAAGGGCAGCGCAUCACUUUUGCCGACCUCAUGGGUUCUCAAAAGUGA